CAACAACCACCACCACAACAACCACCACAACAACCACCACAACCACCACGACAACAACCACCACAACAACCACCACAACCACCACGACAACAACCACCACAACAACAACCACCACAACAACAACCACCACAACAACCACCACAACAACUACCACAACCACCACCACAACAACCACCACAACAACCACCACAACAACCACCACGACAACAACCACCACAACAACAACAACCACCACAACAACCACCACAACAACCACCACAACAACAACCACAACCACCACCACAACAACCACCACAACAACCACCACAACAACAACAACACACACAACAACCACCACAACAACAACAACCACCACAACAACAACAACAACCACCACAACAACAACCACCACGACAACAACUACCACCAUAA